GCCACAAUUUUUAUAUGACACAAUAACCUUAGCCACACGACGUACUUCAGCUGCCGCGGUGCGUGGCCGGGGAAGGAGGAGCGGGCCGAGAGAUCGGCCAUGGCUGCUGCGGCGCUCGUCUCUUUCCUCGGCGCAAACGCUGUUCCUCAUCGCCUUCGCCACUUUACCCACUCCCCGCUUCCAACAUCUCAAUCUAUCGGAAGAUGGAGGGGCUCUUCCUCUUCUGUUUUUCCCUCUUCCCUGGUGCUGCGGUUUCGCUUGAUCAGGAAACGGCGGCCCUGCUAUAUCCGCCUCUCAGCUGCCAACAAACCCUCUCCUUCAACAGAGAUCAGUUCAACAGCAAAGAUCAGAAGUGAAGUCCUCUCGCCUUUUCGUACGGUGCGGAUGUUCUUCUAUCUCGUGUUCAUUGCGAGUGGUUCCUUAGGAGGACUGAUCUCACUCGCGCAAUUGGUUCCUGCUCUAGGCGAUACAUCAAGAGCAGCAAAUCUCCCUGAGAUGCUGAAGAGUUUUGGGAUAGAUCUUGGAGCUGUUCUAUUCUUUGGAUCUCUUUAUACAAGAGAAAACAAUGCUAAAAAUGCUCAGAUAGCAAAGUUAUCUAGAGAGGAGAGCCUCUCAAAACUGAAGCUGCGGGUGGAUGACAAUAAAACCAUCUCAAUUGGUGAUCUGAGGGGAGUUGCACGUCUGGUCAUUCUUGCUGGUCCUGCCUCAUACAUUACUGACUCAUUUUUGCGUAGUAAACCCUAUGUCGAAGGACUGGUGGAACGAGGAGUUCUCAUCGUACCUUUCGCUACAGAUGGAAAUGCACCCACAUUUGAGUUUGAAGAGAUUGGUGAUGAGGAUCAGAAGGUUGACGACAGAAAGAAGAGGCUUUGGCAGCUUACUCCUCUUUACACUUCUGAGUGGGCCAAAUGGGUGGAGGAACAAAAGAAGCUGGCAAAUGUCGAACUCGGGUCUCCAGUUUAUCUCUCUUUGCGAAUGGAUGGACGAGUUCGGGGUAGUGGUGUUGGCUACCCUCCUUGGAAUGCUUUAGUUGCACAGUUGCCACCAGUGCAAGGGCUUUGGACAGGUCUUCUUGAUGGCAUGGAUGGAAGAGUCCUUUAGAUCUCAUCCUCUCCUUACUGAUGAAAUGAUGACGUGAUGCAUCAAAUAUUCAAUGAUCGUUAGAUCCAUUAAUCCAACAGACAUAAACAACUUGAUGAUUAGUAUUGCUUAUUUACAGUAGCGGCACAUGAAAUGAAGAGUUUGAUAUUUCCAGUAGCUGGUACAGAGACAAUGUACAAUCAACAGGCAAUGUUCAUCAAGGAUCAGGUUUCCCAACCACUUGUUCAUCACUAGAAUCGUAUUCAUCUUCGCUCAGCUCUUCAUCACUUGAUUUCUCUCCCAGGGAAGCCUCUACAUCUUCAGGCUUGGCGUAUUUUUGACAGUAUUCUGGAUGAUAUUAAAAAGGGGAAUCAGAAACUAAAGAUGUAAAAGAACAAGUCAGCAUCAUCACAGAUUUAACUUUUUCUACUGAACAUUAAAUGCAUCAGCUCCGAUUUAGCCCGUCA